AUUUGUCGGCAUUAAUGCAUCUGACAUAAACUACUCAGCUGGUCGAUAUGACGCUUCAGUUAAACCCCCAUUUGAUAUAGGUUUUGAAGGUGUCGGUGAAGUGGUAGCGUUAGGACUCAGUGCUAGUGCUGAUUAUACAGUGGGUCAAGCUGUGGCCUACGUGAAAGCAGGUUCCUUUGCUGAAUACACAGUUGUGCCUGCCAGACAAGCAGUUCCUCUACCCUCUGUGAAACCUGAGUUUCUUACUUUAAUGGUGAGUGGCGCUACCGCAUACAUCAGUUUGAAAGAGCUGGGAGAGCUGUCUGAAGGCAAGAAGGUUCUGGUGACAGCAGCGGCUGGAGGAACGGGCCAGUUCGCUGUGCAGCUUGCAAAGAAGGCAAAAUGCCAUGUAAUUGGAACCUGCUCCAGUGAUGAAAAAGGUGGUUUUCUGAAAUCCAUCGGCUGUGACCGUACGAUCAACUAUAAAACUGAAAAUGUUGAAUCUGUUCUUAGGAACCACUACCCCGAAGGUGUGGAUAUAGUGUAUGAAUCAGUUGGGGGAAAGAUGUUUGACUUGGCUCUUAACUCCUUGGCUACCAAAGGGCGUCUGAUAGUUAUUGGGUUUAUCGCUGGCUACCAACACCCUACUGGCCUCACGCCCAUUAAAGCAGAGUCAUUGCCAGCAAAACUAUUGAAGAAGUCUGCCAGCAUCCGGGGUUUCUUCUUGAACCAUUACCUUUCUGAAUACAAAAUGGCUCUGAAACACUUGCUCGAGAUGUGUGAAAGAGGAGACCUGGUUUGUGAGGUGGACUUUGGAGACAUGUCUCCGGAGGGCAAGUUCACUGGCUUGGAGUCUGUAUUCCGUGCUGUAGAUUAUAUGUACAUGGGAAAAAACAUUGGAAAGAUUGUAGUUGAAUUACCUCACUCUGUCAACAGUAAGCUGUAAAAACAGAACAAUGAUAUAAAUCAGAGGAGAGAAAAUGGGCACUUUAUGCUACAGAAUUACUAGGAACAAUUUCUUUUUUUAAGCUUAGUAAUGGAUAUUAUAUUAAAAACAGCAUUAAGGUGUUAAUAAAAAAUUUUAUGGUUUUUUUUUUCUUUUCUUAAAAAUGCUUGAAUUGGUGGCGGGAGCAUGGACUUAAUGGGACUGUGUUUGAGUCUGUCACUUAGGCUAGUGUGAGACACGAACAUUGUUCUUGACAGAAUAAGUCUUGAUGCAGAGGCAGAUUUAGUCUGUCAGACUGGUUUGAUAAGACUUUAUAUAUAGUUCAGCUCGGAAAAAAAAAUUCUUUCAGCAAUUUUGAUUCCCUGAUUAAAAAUAAAAAUGUUAGAACAAGACUAAGUAAAGAGUUGUAUCUUGCGGUUGUUUUAUUAAUCUCUUCAAGUUUCUGGAAAAAAAAAAUGCUGUUGAUUUUUUGUCAUGAACACAAUAAUCCUAAUUUGGUUGCGCUAU